CUUGGACGUUUCGCUUUGUUUUCAUUUGAGUGGCGUAGGCAAUGUGGUGGAAUCAUUGUAUAGCGGGUGAAAAUAAAGCACACUGGAUGAGCUGAUAAGAGCGACAACAGUGCGCGUGACGACACCAAAAACUACCGCCACAAGGAUAGUGGCCAUAAAAUACCAAAGCAAUAUUGAGGCGUUAUAACGCAAUCCACCCAAAACAAAAUACGCAAAGUAUUGCCCUCAGCUGCAAACUACAAUGUGUUCACCAUGUACAGACUUUCAGAAAAAGUUUAUAUCACUCGGAUGUUCGUCCUUUCUAAUCUUGCUAGCGAUUACACUAGGCGUGCUUUGGCCAUCCCUGUCCGAGCAGGUGCUGCACAAUAAACUGGUCAUUAAAAAUGGAUCUUCGAACUAUGACAACUGGAUUCGGACACCUAUACCCAUGUAUCUGGAGGUAUAUUUCUUUAACUGGACUAAUCCGGAUGAGGUUAAGACGAAGAGCGGUACAAAGCCACACUUUGUAGAGAUGGGACCGUACACGUUUUCCGAGAUUCACGAACGUGUCAACCUAGUCUGGAAUGCUAACAAUACGGUAACAUAUGAGCAGCGCAGGACGUGGCAUUUUGUACCGGAGCUAUCGAAAGGCACACUGGAUGAUCAAGUUACAAAUUUGAACGUUAUCACCUUGAAUGCUGCACAUUUUUUACGCAAUACAUAUCCCCUGCUUAGGCCGAUUAUAAAUAUAUUCCUUAAAACGGACGGUUCGUUGUUGUGGAAAAACAAACCAGUACGCGAGCUGCUGUUCGAAGGCGUUAAAGAUCCGCUGCUAGAUCUGCUGAAGACUAUCAAUAGCACAUCACUGAACAUACCGUUUGAUAAGUUUGGCUGGUUUGUUGGGCGUAAUCUGAGCGACACGUUUGACGGCACCUUCACGAUGAGAACGGGUGCGGAUGGGCUGGACAGCAUGGGCUUCCUAACGCAGUGGAACGGUUCACCAAACACCGGCAUGUACCGGGGAAAGUGUGGUGAAGUGUACGGUACGUCCGGCGAGCUUUGGCCAGCCUCUAGCAACGUUCCGGCAAACAUUACACUCUUCCCAUCCGACAUUUGCCGUUCCAUUACGCUGCAAGGCAGGGAACAAGUUUCGCUGUACAACAUACAGGGCACGAAGUAUGUUGGCGAUGAUCGUGUUUUCGACAAUGGUGUAAAAUACCCCGAGACUAGCUGCUGGUGCAACUCCAAUCCCACUCAAUGCCCCGACCUUAAGCCGGGUGUGUUUAAUGCUUCCGCCUGCAAGUAUGGAUCGCCAACGUUCGUAUCGUUUCCGCACUUUUAUCUAGCCGAUGAAAGCUACCAAACUGCUGUAACGGGACUGCGGCCAAAUCAAACGGAGCACGAGUUUUACAUGGCAAUCGAGCCAUCGACUGGCAUUCCGUUGGACGUUCGUGCCCAGCUGCAGAUCAAUGAGCACUUGCAGCCGAUAAAAGGGUUUAGUUUCUACGAGCAUGUACCGGACGUAAUGGUACCGAUGAUCUGGUUCCGACAGCGUGCAACCCUCACGCAAGAGCUAGCAGAACAGGCAAAGCUUGCACUGGCACUACCGUCGCUCGGCAUCUACGUGGCGGUCUUCUUUGGCUCUAUCGGUAUUAUCAUGACGUCCGUAUUCCUAUUCUGCAGUAUCAAAAAAUGGUCCCAAAACACAGAGGAAGUUCCGUACGAAGAGCUACAAAAUUAACGUGUUAAAAGCAUCGACGCAAA